AUGAUAAAAAAUGCGCUUUUUACCUCACUUAUAGCUUCUACUAAUGCCUUGUCACAAACAACACUAGACAAGUUAAAAGACCCGGCCGCUCCACUCUCGAAUGCGGAGCUCAGUUUCGUUGGAUUGAAUUUUGAUGGCCCGUUUUGGACAAGCUGGUCGGAUGACUAUGGUUGCGAGAACUUGAUUUCUAGGGCUGAUCUUUGUGCAUAUCCUGGGAGAUACAAGCUUCGUAAAACGCGCUACAAAGAAUGUAUUCACCCGGACAAUCGAAACUAUCCAAUGCGUAUUCUGGAUCCAAACUCGCCAAACUACUUUAAAUACAGAACCAUCCUCGGUGGUACAGACGAUCAGAUUAGGAACGAUUACGUCAACUUUAUACAGUCAAAGCCACAGUUCAGCAUUCAGUCACCCGCUGGAGACAUGGAUGACAGCAUGGAAGUGAGAUAUGCGGCGACGAAAUCUUUUUACAAAAAUACCGGCAUCAAAUGCGGCACAGACGAUUUCUCGAAGAACUGUCAGGCGCCUUCUGUGGCGACAGAGUGUGAUCCAAGAAUUGCGGAAUAUGCAAAGCAAAAUGGAAUUACAGUAGAAGACGCUGUUGCUCUUUGGGAGAUUCAAGAAACUGAUUCUCGCUGGGGAACCGAAUGGGGUGCUUACCCGAGGAAUCCGAUUCGACUAGCAAUUCCUGAAAUAAAAAUCAACGAGCGAGCGGACACUAUUUGUGACGAUCGUUGCCCGAUUCCAUUGCCUUUUACCGCUUCCAACUGCAAAUGUGAGACCGGCUCGUCUUUCAGGGGAUCCGAAAGUGAAGCAGUGGAUCGAUCAUGCGACUGUGAUGAAUCUCCUGUCCGCGCUCAACUUUGCUUUGAUCCCGAUCUCAGUGAUGACGUGGACUGCGAGUCUGUUGGAAUUGAUAUGCUUCGGAAGUUCCCCGAUGAAUGUAUAGUCAAUCUGAACCCUUUGAUCAGCGAGUCUACUUCGAGCUACGUAUCCUACACGACCACGAACAAUCCAUUUACAGCACAUUUGCUCGAGGAUUGGUACAACAACAUGCCGCGGUUCAGCAGGCAGCAGAAUCUUUACAGCAUGUCAGAUUGGAUCUCGACGGACGAUAUUGAUACACCUUGGAGAGGAUUGAGAGUACGUGCAGAUGCAGCGGAAAAACUCAAAGCCAACAAUGGACUGAAUUCAAUUCGCAACGCCAUCUCGAACUUGAUUGAAGGAAGCAACUCGCAGAUUCGCAUCAAUGUUCAGCGGCUGAAAACCCUUCUGAUAACAGAGAACCUUGUCGAUGUGCGGGAGGUAACAACUGAUCCAUCGCCUGUCUCCAAGUUUAUGACUAACUUUGCUGCUUCGACGAGAAAAGACAGCCGAGUUGACGGCAGCGCCAAUCGCAUGUAUGACUUUUCCGAUGAUCUCAAGUUCAAUUGGGGACAAGCUUGUGACAAAAACAAUCCAGAUGAAAUCAUAACAAUAAGCAAGGCGACUCUCUAUCUGACUGACACGAAGUACGCUGACAACCGCGAAACUAUUCUAAUUGAUAUCCCCUCGACUAAUAUCCAGGAAGAAAAAAUUGAGGCUGUUGUCAGAUUCAUUAAACAGAACAUAUCACCGAUGCAAGUGGGGAUUCAGCAGAAUACCUGCAAUUUUGUAUCUGCGACUCUGGGAGAAUGGACUGAAUGGAGUUCUUGCUCGCAACAAUGUGGUGGACGGUCCGAUAGAUUCCGAACUUGUACGACUAACACAGGCCAGAUCUUUACUUGGAAUGGAAACUGGGUAGACCAAGAUGGCAACAGUCCAAGUAGCUGCUACUGCACGGAAACAGGUGGUGAGUCGAGAGCAUGUGUAGAAAAAUGCACGUACUCGGAAUGGUCAGAAUGGGGACUCUGUCUACUCAAAGGCGAUGCUCGACCAUGCAGAAAUCCUGACGAUGAUACUUUUGGGAAACAACGACGAUCACGGACUCUUCUUUGUGGGGACGAGUCGAGAUGCUGUGGAGAUGACGAUUUCAAGGACUGUUUUGUCCCUGAGUGCCCUGGCUGGAAUUCCUGGGGAGAAUGGUCGUGUUGUUCUAAAUCAUGCGGCGCAGCUGACGAAAUUGGCACGCGUGUUCGCACACGGGGAUGUAAAGGGGAUGAUAUUGGAAGUGAAGCAUGUCCGUGCGGCGUCUCUUUCGAUUCUCCUGAUUCUAUUUUCUCAAACACUUGCAUCGACCGAUCAUCAAACUGCGAAAACGCACUGACGACAUCAGACAACCUCGGAUUUCUUCAAACAGCACUCUGCAAUCCUGAGAACGAGUGUCCCAAGCUAAGCGAAUGGUCAGACUGGAGCUCUUGUGAUUGUGGAACUGAAACCGAGUUUAGAGAAAAGACUUGCAUAAACGCUCUUUUCUCAUUAGGCCGAAUUCCAGAGUGCAUGGGCGACGGAAAUUUCUACGAAGAACGAUCAUGUUCUGAUUCCUGUAAUCGAAGAAAACGAGAAGUUCCUGAUUUCUGGGCAGAGUGGUCCGAAUGCCCUUGUGGAUCAGGGAACGCGAGGACACGCUCUGGAAUCGUUAAUGGAAUAGACAUGAACCAGACGGAGAAAUGUCCAGUUACGAAGUGCAGCUUCGUUUCCGAGUGGUCAGAAUGGUCGACUUGCUCCGAAGCUUGCGCACAACGUGAUGGAGUUGAGCGACGAGUUCGAAACUGUCUGCACUCUCAUUCCUCCGAGUGCCAAGGCAAUCUCCUAGAAGAGCGGCCCUGCACUUCCGUUCCAGAUUGCCCUAAAUGGGGACAGUGGAGCACUUGGUAUGACGACUGCGCGAUCUCGAAUCGCCUGAUCCGAAUGAGGACCUGCUCUGGCACCGUCGCUGCCUUACCUCACGAGUGCUCUGUAAAUGACGACGUUGAAUACAUUUCCUGCUCCAGCCGCCUUUGA